UCUGUUUCUUAAUAACUUUACUCUGUAACACUCUCUUAAUUAAAUAAUUAUAAUUCUAGUCUCAUUAAAAGUUGUCAACUCCCUUUUUAUCAAUAAUUAGAAUUGAUUGGUGAAAAAUCACAUUGGCUUUUCCCAUAGUAAGGAUUUUAGAAUGUAGUUCUAGUAGGCUACAUCUAGAGAUAAUUAAGAGCUAAUUUUCACACAACACUAUAUAAAAUUCUAGUAAGUAAAAUAAAGAGAGUCUCCACACUACUUACCACUAGGCCAAAGACCUUUUCUGCAAGUUAUCAUUUUGUACAAUCAAGUUCACAUAUACGUAUGUAACAUUUCACAUUCUCCAAUUAUAGUAAUGAAUUUUUGUGUUUAAUUGUUUAUUUGGUGGCUAUGAUAUGAUGAGCACUACAGGUGUUGACAAGAUUACUCAUCCGUCGCAAGAAUACUUUGAGAAGGAUAGAGGAUGGCCAACCAUCAGAUGGUGAUUUAAGUAAUGUGCGUGUUUUGGAUGUUGAAAACUGUCAAGACUGGGUGAAUUUGAUUCCCUACAUUUUGAUAGAAUGUGUUCAAAAGUUGGAAGAGCUUUCUGUGGUCAACUGCGGUUCAUUGAUGGAGAUAUUCGAUUUUGAAGGAGUGAAUGCUGAUGGAGGAAAUGUUGUAACACUCUCUCACCUUGAAAAAGUCCGGCUAUCAAAACUACCAAAACUUGUGCACAUAUUCAACAAAAUUCCAAAAAAUGUCAUUGGCUUUCAGAAGCUGAGAAAGCUAAAAGUUGAUGAUUGCGACAGUUUGAGAAACAUAUUAUCAGUUGCUGUGGCUAAGUGUCUUGUACAACUCCAAAAACUAUACAUAAGUAGUUGCUCUAUGUUGGAGGAAAUAAUAGUUCCGAAAGAGGAUGAAAAAGAAGAAGAAGCAAGCAAGGAUAUAAUUGUGUUCCCUACACUAAAGUCUCUGACAUUUGAAUGGCUACCCAGUCUCAAGAGUUUCUGCAAUGGGAUUUACGCCCUUGAAUUUCCAUUAUUAGAAAAUUUGAUGUUUAGGGAAUGUAAUGGGAUGAAGACAUUCUCUUAUGGAUCAUUAAGCAUGCCAAAGCUAAAGGAACUUAAAAUAAAUGAUGAGAACCAUCAAUUAAUGGGAACUCCAGACCUUAAUUCAACAAUGAGUCACUUGUUCAAGGCAAAGGGCAAAGUGGUAUUGAAUCCUUAAACAGGAGUGAUGCUUGACAAAUUCAGCGAAGACAUGAAAAAAGGGAGAUUUAGAACUCUGGGACUGCUGGAUCCUUGCUAUUGCUCUGGUUUCCUCGGACUUGUUUGUUGUUUCUUUGGGCUUCCUAUUCUUUUGGUGGUCUUGGUGCUGUUGGUGUCGUGUUGCCGCUUUGUUUUUCUUUGGGUUUGCUUUGUUUUUCUUUGGGUUUGCUUUGCUGCUCCUUGAUGUGCUGCUGCUCUUGGAACCUGUUGUCUGUUGUUAGUUAUGGGUCCGCUGACCUGACCUUUGAUCAUUUUGCUGGAGCGCUUUUGCUUUUGUUUUGAUGCUAUUAUGUUUAUUUGCUUCUUAGAAAUUUCUUUUCAUUGCUUUUA